CAGCGGGCUUCCAUUUUAAUGUUACUAAUUUAUUAGUUAUAUUUUAUAAGAAGUUAUGGGUUUCCUGCGUUCCUUUCAAUUUUUAAAUUAUUUAUCUCCGAGCAAUAAAUUAAACCACGACUUAUGUUUAUUUGUAAGAAUGUAAAUGCAUCUCGUUUAAUUAUAUAUUAUUGAAAUGAGAGUCAAUAGUCAAUCCGCAUGAUUAUUUUGUAAAAUAAUUUCAAAUCCAGAUUUUUAUUCGUCUAGUUUUAAGAAAACCAUAAUUAAUAAAACAAUAUCCUUAAGAUUUGAUAAAACUUGUGUAAAAAUGUAAUUCCAUAACCAGAUACAGCUUUCUGGAAAAUGGAUUUGGAAAGAUGAUCCAACCAGUCCCAGUUUGGAGUUCGUAAGGUUGGUGAAUAUGAUUAAUUUUGUCACUGACCGUAUAACGGGUUCUGUGGUGUAGUGGUUAUCACGUCUGCUUUACACGCAGAAGGUCGCGAGUUCGAACCUCGCCAGAACCUCGUUAAUUUUUUAAUCUCUUAUUACCAUUGCUGGGAUACCCAAUUUUUAUUUGAUUGACGAUAUUUCAAAUUCAAAAUAUUUAGCGACCGCAAAUAUCAAGAUAAUCUUAAAUGAAACGAUAUUGUCUCAUGACGCUUAAGCAAAAAUGCAUGUCAUGAAACUUGUGCACAUCCAUCUCCGUCCUACUAAGGAUUUGCUAUUUCCAGUUUUCCUUUCUCAAAACUCCUACAUUUACAUUCACAUUCAAUUAUUAAUUAACCUCUAUAUUCUAUAUCUCAUGUCCAUGCUCACAUAUUUCUUCCCAUCAUUUACCUAAUCAUUCACUAUCAGCCCCCAUAUCUUACCUCACUCCACUUUCUCCAGCAUUAUAAUAAUCCAUCAUACUUACCAUAUCCCUCACCCCCACCUCACCCUCCCCACCAUAACUCCUAUUCUUCACACCUUGCACUCCUGGCCUACUUGAACAGUGUCUGGUUAAAAAUGCUGUCAUGGACAAAUGACAUUUUUGUCACAAUAAUUAUUAGUCAAACUAUAAAAGGACAUAUCGUGUAAGCAAUAUACCAUAUCAAUUUUUUAAUGAAGUUUUUAAACUUUUCCUUUACAUCUAUGGUUUCUGAAACCCUAAGCCUCAGCACAAUCUAUAUCAUUUAAUUUUUUAUUAACUCAUUGUUUUUAUUUAGUAAAGGAAAUAAAAAAAGUCAGAUGUAUGAAAUAAUCUUUCUUGAAGUUAAAACUGUUACAUUUGUUAAAAAGACUGUGCAGACAUUUGGGAAUUGCUGGACCUUGUGUAGACUAAUAAUUUGCACUGCCCAACCUCAAAUCCCAGUGUCCACCCUUUAUAAGUACUGAAAAUAUUGAGCAAUAAUUAUUUUUUUAACCGAACAUCUUUAACUUUAAGUGACACAUCGGUCAUCUGUGUUAUUUAGUGUCAUGUGAAUAAAAAUUGUUGAUCAAGUGAAGAACAUUUUUAUCACUUCUGAAAAAUGUUUACAGUAACAAUCCAAAUGCAGAUAAACUAGACAAGCGUAGAAGAGCAAGAGGUCAUGAAGGAAGGGGCAGAGGAGAAAGGUAAUAAAAAUUUGACAUCAUUCUAAAUCGUUUAGAUUGCAUUCUCAUUUAAAGCAACAAAUAAAAUGUUCAUACUAUUUUAAACUAAAUAUUAUUAUCUUUGCUCUAAUAGUAUUCCACUGUUUAAUUGCAGAGCCUCCUCUGGUAUUCAAAGAGGUGGUUAUGGGAAAGGAAGAGUGACCACAAUGAAGCAGAGCAUUAAAUUUGCCCCCCAAAAAAAAGACCAAAGUGAACAUACAACUGUGACUAUUGAAGACAUUAAGAGUAGGUUAGGUUAAGACUUGGAUUAACUAUUUCCCUUAAUUUUUGUUAUUUAUUAUACAUUUUAACAUCAGAUCCAUACAAAUAACAAUUUAUUAAAAAUUUCAUCUAAGAAGCUAGUAAAGUGGUUACUUCCCAUUUCCAAACUGACUUUCUUAUUCCUGAAUUUAAAAAAAAAAAAUGUUAUUAAAAAAAUAAAAGUUGACAAAGUUCUCUUGAAUGAAGAGAAAAUAAUUGGGUCAUCAAAAAAUAAUGGUGAAUAUUAGAAUAAAAUUAUAAACAUUAAUUUUUUUAAUAUUUAACAGCUGUUGCAUUUCAAAGAAUGUCUGAAGUUGAGAAUAUUCCUGAACAUUUCCAUAGCUUGUACAGGUUAGUUAAAUUUUACUCCCUCUUGUCCUUGACUUAUUUAUAAGAGUGAGAAAAUUUUAAUGUGAGUUUGUUGGAAUCUAAAAAUUUAACACCAUAUUGAUAUGUUUAAUAAAAGCAACAAAUUAAAGAAAAUCCAUAGUUCCACAUUAAGGGAUGUGCUUUUUAUGUAUUAAGAAAAGGUAUACUAUAAAAUGAGUGUAGAUGAAGGAGGUUUAGGGAUAUGUUUAUGUGAUAGAGAGGCAUUGGUAUAAUAAUAUGAAAGCACCAGUGUUCACUAGAUGAUUGAUAAACUAUGCUAUAUUGCCUUGUUACAAAAAAAAAACAUUUUACAAAGAGGUCUCUUAAAAACAAAUAUGGUAUGUGGCUAAACUUAUUAAAACAGAGAUGCGAUGCUAUGGAACUGGAGUCAAAGAUUCUAUAUUUAAUUUUUUUUUUCUUUAAAGAAAACCUUUUCAUGCACUGAUCUCACUUUAAAAUAACUUUGUCAACAAAAGACAGCUUUCUACACUGUCAUGGUCAUGGUGGUAUGAAAAAGUUGAAGUUCUGGCUUCUGUUACCAACUCUGCAACUCGAAUUAAUGAUAAGAAAAGAUGCAAGAAAUGUUAAAGCAUUUUUAUUUGUGAAUAUGAUUUAAUAUUAUUAAUAAAUUUAAUUUUACUUUAAUUAACUUUUUAUUCCUAGUCAGGAGCAGUUUGACUUUUUUCUCCUUUAUCUCCUGAGUUAUUUCAACUGGUACUUUAUCAAAUUGACUUUGGAGACCAAGAAAAAUCCUAUGUUUAUGUAAGUCUCAAAUUAUUAGCUCAUUUUAGUCAUGAGAUUCCUUUUUUACAUUAGACCAUUAGUAUAAUUUUAUAUUAUAUGAUACUACAAAAAAUGAAUGACUUCUUAACUUGUAUGUUGCAUUAAUAGUGAACCUAGUUUAGCUGAAAAGCUAGAGUAUGCAAAUGCUUGUGAUCGUCUCAGUGUUGCACAGAAACUCCUGGGGAGAGCAUACUGUAUUCUUGUCUUGGGACUAGGCCUGCAGGAUCAACAUCAUAUGGAAUGUGGGAGGUAAUUUUAGUUGAUGGUAGAAUAAGUUUUCAGGAGUAAAUUUACAGCAGGUUGUCACAGAAUAGGUGGAGAAGAUUCUCAGAAGGCACAGACAGAGUUUAUUUGUGUAAGACUACACCCACCCCCACCCCAAAUCCCCAUGUAUUUAUUUUAUAAUCAAAAGCAUAAAGCUUAAAUAUGGAAAACUCACAGGGAUGCAGUAAUGAUCCAAACACCACACAAAAAAAUAUCCUGUAGAUUUAAUUUAUUGAUAAGACAACAUUUAUUUAAUUUCCUAUUUAUCUAUAACGUCUGCUGCAACUGCAACUAAGUCCUGGUUCUAGUCACUAACUGUAAACUGUACAUUCUUCACUACAAUACACACUGAAGGAUUCUCAUUUCUGACCAGUAUAGAAUCACUAAAUCCAUAAAUAACAGUUGCUGCAAUUUGUCAUACCAGUAACUUAACAUCAUAAAUCAAAAUACAUAUAGCAUACUAAUUAGCUGUGAUACUCAUAAAAAUAUAAUAAGGACCCAAAUGAUGCUGGCUCAUUCCUUACCUCUUGUGUUACUGGUAAAUAAAGUGUCAAAAACGUUUAUAGGUUUAAGUUAUAUCUUUAUAUAUUUCAAUUUAAUAAUCAUUGAGAGUUUUUAACCCAUUAAAUGAGUGACUGUUGAUACCUUUUUUUUCUAGAUCAAGAGUUUCUAAAACAUACACAGACCGUAGCAUGUUUGAGGUGAGAAUUCAAAUUAAAAAAAUUAAUUGUUCAUAUCGGAAAACAGCAAAAGUUAGUAUUUAAUUAUUACUGUCAAGCAGGUCAUCAGAGUAAUUUUCAUUGGUGUCAAAUGUUAAUUUUAUAGUUAACUAGAAUAAGUAUAGUAAGCUUUUCAUCUCAGGAAUAUGCUCUUUGAUUAUAAUUCCUUAAAAAUGUUGUAUUUCUUGUUUCUUAAAUGUUCAACCAAUGCAAACAAAAAAUUGCUACUUCAAUUGUUAUUUCAUCUUAGACAUUUUACAAAUAUUGCACUUUUGUGGUGUGGAUCACAUUCCGAAGAAAGGAGUUUGAUUCUGUAAAAAAAGAGAUUGGAAGGUGUGUUGUGCCCAUGUCUAUUUACUAAAUUUAAUUUUUUUUUUUAAAUUCAGGAAACUCUUAAAUCUUAUAAAGAUAUAAUAUUUAAUGAAAUAUAAAACAAAUGUUUUGAUAAAAUUUGUGUGUGUAUACUUUUUAACAUUUUCUUCCUUACAGUAUUAUUAAAAUACAUUUUAUUCAACAUUAAAAAAAAAUGUUUUUUAAAGCUUCAUUAUUAGUUGCAUUAUGAAAUUGAAAUUAAAAUUUAACCAUGUUUACAUUGGUAAAAACAUUAGAAAUUAAAAUUUGUUAGCUAUUUUUUAUAUUUUAAAUAGAAUAUUACGAUCGGACACCUUUAAUCCUGCCAUCCGUGUGAAGUACUCAGCAGAAGGUAAACUUGAAAUUCUAUUUAAGGGAUUUUCAGUAAUUUAGCAAUGUCCUCUGGAGGUAAUAAUUUUGUUAUUCAAAUGUAGUACAUUAGAAGGUAAAGUGAUGUUUGGUAACAUUACAGCACAGGCACUUGCUGAUGGGUUAAUUUUCUUUUUUAGAACCAAAAGAGGUAGACCCUUCAAAAGUUCAGAAAAUUGAAAUAGAAGCAAUUGAAGAACAGAAGUCAGAAGUAGAUAAAAAGCUGACUCCCGCUGAGUAUAGAAGGCUGCAUCCGUAAGUUUGUUGUAGAGUUAUGUUUUUGCUUGAACAAGUCCUCUCAUUCUUUUCAAAACUAUUUUCAAUGCUUUCAAUGCUCUAUUAAUCUAUUCAUAUCCAUUUCUACUGUUUCAUUGUAUUUUUUAAGAAAAUGUGGCUCUACCCUAGUUUAAGCUAUAUAUUCAGACAUUAUAAUUGUAAUUCAAAUAUACCUCAUUGCUGGAUUUAAUUUUUCAAACACAACCUAAAUUAUUGCUGCUCCUACAUUUAGACAGAGCUCUUUAUGGUCCAUCAUUCGAAAAGCUUCAUGACCAACCUAUCAUCACUGCCAUAGUGCCAAAACAUAGAGUCUGGGUAGAAGCGGAAGAUCUUCAAAAGUUAGGGUUGUAAAUAAUUUCAGAUCUUAAUUUCUGUCCUCUCCUGUCAUGGAGGACAAGCAGACACUUUUACAUGAGAUUUAAGUGUGCUAUUGCUAGAUGACUUAAAUGAUUACUGUAAAUUAUUUGAUUGAAAUCAUUUCAGUCUGUAAUUUUAAAGAUUGUAUAUAUUUAUUAUCACCAGAAAAAGACCAGCUAUAAAAUCAAUAAUCAAGUAUGUAUCAAUAUUAUAUGUUAAAAGAUUUUUCUUAAAUAUGACUUUUUAAAAUAUGUCUAACCCAUAUUAUUUAAUAUUUUUUAAUUUGCUAACUCAGUUGAGAAUUCAAUGCAUUGUAAUAAAUAAAUUAUUGGGCCUAUGUAGGCCUACUGGAACAAAUAAAAUUAUUUUUUGCAAUCCUUUAACAGCAAUAUAAUAUAUUUUAAGGUCAAAAUUUUAAAUUUUAGAAAGUCAAAAUUUAUUUAUUAGCCUACCUAAAUUAGUCAUUUUAACUUUUCUAAAAGUUGAUGAGAUGUUAAUUUUGAUGUCAAUUUUUUCUUAUUGAUGACAGCCAAAGAUCUCCGGCUAUUGUCUCCAUUAUACCAUCUCCAAAAGAAGAAGCUUCUUGGUUGUUUAAAAAACCACAGUUACAUAAGGACAAGUAAGAUAUAGCUUGACUUUUUUAUAAAUUUGACUUUGCCAUUAUUUAAAGUGAAAGAUUAAGUAAAAAUUUGGUACCUGGUAUUAUUUUCAAGAAUACCUUUAAUAAAUGUAACUUUCUUACUUUAUUACCUUAAUAUCCUAUUAAAGCUGAGAAAUUAUAAACAUUUCCAAAUAGUAUAUUCUAAUUCAAUCAGUUAAUAAAACUGUAUUUAAUUUAAAUUCAACUCUCCUGGCUUUAGUCAAUUAUUUACUAAAUUUUGUUAAUACAGAAUUAUCAUUACCUCCAAUGUGUUUUAUGUUAUUAAAUAGUUACUUAAAUUUCUGAAGUUCUAGUUCUGUUGUCAAGAAGGAUGAUGAUGAAAAUAUUGAUGCAAAGUAUUCAGAUCUAAUCCUAGAUGUCCACAAAUUCAAGUACAUUUGUGUUUUCUUUAUUACAUAUUGUGCUGUGAAGCUAAUUAAUAACCAUUUUGAAUUCUACUCAUUUUAAAAUGUAAAACAUUGCUAUCAUUAUUCAGCAAAUGAAAUGAAUUUUGUAAAAAAAAUUAUGAAGCUUUUCAAAUAUUAAAAAAAAAACUAACUAACUUCAGUUUAGUAUAUUGCAUAGGAUAAUAUGAAAUUUUUAACCAAUAAAAUGAAAUUGAAAUACUUUUCAAUGAUAAUGUAACGAAAUCUAUAGGCUGUUAAUCUUUAUCUAUCAAUCUAGGACUGGUAUCCUAGGAGAACCCUACAAACUCUUCAACCCUCAAACUCUUUCACCGAUUGGUGCUGAGAAUGAGGAUGAGGUGACUGAAGUUGAUGAAGGAGAAAAGGGGUAAAAUCUUAACUCCAAUGAUAACCUUUAAAAAAUAAAGAAUAAUACAUUUUUCUUAUCCUUAAAUGCCAACUAUGCAACAUUUUCUUAUGAAGUUGAUUGUGAAAAUAAAAUUACAUGUUUAGGAAAGCUUUAGAAAAUUAUGAGGGCUUUUAAAAGAAAAGUCACAAUCAUCCAACAGUAUUUAUAUUUUUAAGGAGUGUAUACUGUAGCUAGAUUGGUAAGUGCAUUCGGUUAAAUCAUCACUACUGUACUUUGAAUUGCUAAGAACCGCUAGAAGUAUUUAUUCCAUUGGGCAAAUUUCUGUCUUUCAGAAAUACAUGAUUUGGAUGACUUAGCUCCUCCAAAAGUGAAUGGGCCACCAUUGUUGGCACUUAGAUCUCCUUGUUUGCCAAAAAUAUUAUAAAUAGCUGCUCAUUGUAUUUGUUUAUCAUGAUGGUUUAAUAUUUUGUAGGCUAAAUGAAGAACCAGAGUCUGAACAGAAAAGCCCAAUCCAAGGUACUUUGUGUUGUUGUUUGUAACCAAACCAUAGUUUUCAUAUUCAUUGUAAGGUAUAAGUUCUUCUAGAUUUUUUCAAUCUUCUUCUUCUAUAUCUUAAGGGCCCACGAUCAAUUUAUUGAUCAUUUUGGCUCCUAUGCAUGUAGAUGGGAUUUGCAAUGUUUCUGUUACUGGUGGUGAUGAGGAAAUUAUGCACUAGGGGUUUGAAGGCUUGAGGCAAUAGACACAAAUGUGUCUAGUGUUGUCGCCUCAACUGUUCCUUUUGAAAGAUGGUUCCAGUCCCUGAUUGUCUUGGGCAGGAAUGAGCAGCUCCUAUACUGGCUUCUUGCUGGUAUGAGCCUGAAUUGCCUGUCAUGGCCUCGUCGCUGUCUAUGGGGGAGAGGGACGAGUUUCUGUUUAAUACUGGAACAGUGGACCAGCCCAUUAUUUAUCUUGUACAUCAUGGAGAGCCUGGAUUGUCGUCGUCGUUUCUCCAAUGGUGACCAGCCUAGUGUUUCUAGCAUGCUGCCAACACUAGAGGUAUUCCUGUAGCUAUAUGAAUUAUUUAUAAGUCAAUGUAUCUGCCUUUAUCAAGAUUAACAGAAAUUGAAUUUUUAAAUUUUAAUUUACUCCAACAGAUCGAGGCUUAAGUCGUCAGCAGACAGGCAUUUCCCAUGCCACAACCGAGGUGUACUCUGAUGAUGAAACUUAGGCCUGCUGAGAAAAAUUCUUAAAGUGUAAUUAGGAAAGCUUUAUUUUCUCUGAGUUGCAAAUUUCAUCACAACUGCAAAGGGGAUUUAUUGUUACUGCAAAAAUGGGUUUACUCUGAGGGUAAAUCACUUCACUAAUGGUUGGCCAUUUUUAAAAAAAAAUUAUUGUGUCAAUUCUAAUAAAACUUUUUUCAUUAUUAUUUUCACAUGAAGCUCUGAAUAUUAUUCUUGAAUCACUUGCCAUUGUCAAUUACUAAUUGCUGAUUGUGGGGAAGAUUGUGAAUCUGUGAGGCAGAGUGAUUGAGAGUAUGCAUUGAUAUUGAUACAAAUUACAGUUUGCCAAUGAUUUCUUUAUGUCAUGAAUAUGUAAAUAACUAAAAAUUCUUUUUUUUUUUUUAUAAAUGUAUCCAAAAUUAAAUGAUAUUCUUAAAUUUCAAAAACUUGCAUAUCUGGUUGUAAUUAGAACUACAGUAAUUCUAAAAUUAGCAUCACCAAAAAUAGGGAAUUACCAUCUUUAAAUAUAUUUUUUUCAAAAUGUAUUUCAAUUUUAUUUGUGGAGAAAAGACCUCUGACAAAUUUGAGUGCUUUAAAGUAAAUGCUGUCCUUGAAACUAUAAAAAUAUCUUUGUCUUCUUACUCAUUUUCUUCAUUUAUUUUUUGUGUAAAACUGUUUAGGAAAAACAAUGAAGCUAUCACUUUUUUUUGUAAGAAAUAAAACAUUCUAAAAGCG